AUCUGCUUCUGGUUAAGACUCCUGCACUGAUCACAGCGAUCCAGAAAUUCAGUCCUUCAGGUCCAAGUGACCUCCUGAAUCCUCCUCAGUGUCACUGACGCAGAUCUGCGAGCAGGUGUGUUACAGCCAGACGGUCACACCGUGUCCACCAUGAAGCCAGUCAGUGUCUGGGCUUUUUCACUGACGCUGGUCGUCUCAGUGUCGUCUCAGGUCUUCCACUGGGGUCCGUGUCCGACGCCGAUGGUUCAGCCAAACUUUGACCUGAACAGGUACCUGGGAAAGUGGUACGAAAUUGAGAAGCUCCCAGCUACUUAUGAGAAAGGCACAUGCAUCGAAACCAACUACUCACUCAGACCUGACAAGACCAUCAGAGUGGUUUAUAUUCGGACACGUAAAGGAAAAGUGAGGACCGCUGAGGGAACAGCCAUCGUGCAGAACCCGAGAGAACCGGCUAAACUCGGCGUCAGUUUCUCAUACUUCACUCCAUAUAGCGCGCACUGGGUUUUAUCCACUGAUUACGACUCUGUGGCGCUGCUCUACUCCUGCACCGACUUUCUCCGGAUCUUCCAUGUCGACUAUGCCUGGAUUUUGUCCCGCAGUCGCUCUCUCCCUCCCGAGACCAUCUACCACGCCAAGGAGGUCCUCUCUCGGGACAACAUCGAUGUCAGUCGCAUGAUUCCUACCGAUCAGCACAGCUGUGAGGGCGGGGCUUAAAUCUCACACUAUAUAUUUCACAUAUUUACAUAUGGAAUUAUGAUGGAUAAAUACAUCUCUUAGCUUAAUAAUCUUAGCUUAUAAUGACAAUCUGUGUUUUUAUAAUACCAGUUGUGUCUCUCAAUAAUCAUAUGCAAAAAUAAUUAUAAUUACUUUGUAAUUACAGUCUGUCCUGCAUAAAAACUUACUGUGCAUAAUAUAAAAAUACUUAUAUUUUAUUCUUUGAAUGGCUUUUAAGAAAUCUGAGAUGAGUAAACAAAUGAUUAAAUAAAUAAGCAAAAAAGGUAAAUAAAGUUGUUUUUCAAACCACACAUACAUACAUAAAUGCAGUGACUUUUCAUUGUU